CCCGUACGGAAAUCUAUAAAUGACACUACGAUUUUCGUAUUGUUCAUCUUUUACGGGAGGAAGGAAGAAAGAAAGGAAAUCUAUAAAGCAUAAAAAAUAAUGAUAAAACCACAGAGAUCUAUCGAUAGUUCUGUGGUUUGUCUCUGGUUCUGUGUGCAGCGUUUUUCAUUGAAUAGUCAACACUUAACGUAUUGUAAUGCUGGUUGCUAGAGGUGGGAAGUUUAGUUCAUUUUCCUGAUUUCGAUCUUUCGAUCUCGUUCAUUAAAGUGAAUAGUACAAAAGACUAGUUCGUUUAGUUCACUGAUUUAUAAUCGGAUUUGUCGGAUUUACGUAGUUUCGUUCGCGAACUACACUUCUCUAGUAGUUCAAGUGAACUAUAUUGAGAUUGAUUGAUUGAUUUGCACCAAAGAAGUGUUCUUGGAAUUGCACUUGCUGCUGGUCAAAAUGGUACGCUGUUGCCAAGACCAUUAAGUGGUUGAUUUGGUUGCCUGUUUUAGGAACAAUUACGAAUUUUCGUGAAAAAAAAUCCAUUAGUAAAUACGGAUAUAAUGAAAUAUAUCUACGGAUUUUUAGUUUAGUUCGAAUUGAUUCGCUCUUUUUAGUUUUGGUGAUUGAAUCUUUUAGUUCAGUUACGAAAUUCGAUCUUUUGAACUAGUUCGUUCGCGAACUACACACCUCUACUGGUUGCAUAUCACAGGUUGAUAAAAUACCGCCCAAAAUCAGCUGUUUUGAUAGCAAUAUCCUUUUUCUAUGAUAGUUCUUUGAUAGCAAGUAUUAUUUCGUUUUGAUAAUCUGGAGAUUUUGGUUGUUAUAAGUAUUUUAUUGCAGUUGAUUUUCAACAAGAAAAAGAAAAAUGUUUCGCGGCUCCGUCUUAGGUGUGCUUAUUGACAAAGCAACAAGUCAUCUUUUACUGGAAUCAGACUGGGUCACAAUUAUGCAUAUAUGCGAUUUAAUUAGCCAAAACGACGUAGAGCCUAGAACUGUUUUUGUUUUGAUUAAGGAGAAGCUAAAAUCUGAGAACCCCUGCACAGCUUUGUAUGCUUUGAUUGUUUUAGAGGGUAUUAUUAAAAACUGCGGUUUUACUGUUUGUAAAGAGUUGACAACAAAGAUGAACUGCCAAUUUCUCUAUGAGUUGGCGAGAACUACGCCUCAUUCAAAAGUAAAGGAAAAAUUGUUGGAGCUUAUUCAGGCCUGCGCUUUUGCUUUGAGAAAAAAUUCCCAACAUGGUCAUUUGAAGCGAGAUAGAGCAGACCUUGUUCUGUGGAUUGUGCGCAAACUAAUGUUUUUUCAGAAUUUUAGUUCUGUGUUGUCCGCUGAAGCGACAAGAGUCCUUGGGAGGACAAUAUGGGGCUCACAGCACAAAAUUAAGCUGAUCAGUGCCAAAACUCCAAAAUCUACACUUGCUUGCAACAAAAUAGCGUACACUUCAAAAAACAAAUAA